UACUGCCUCUGAGCGUGAUGGAUCCUCAGGACUGCCCCUGCGCUGCUGGUGGUUCUUGCACCUGUGCUGGUUCCUGCAAAUGCAAAAAUUGUAAAUGUACUUCCUGCAAAAAAAGCUGCUGUUCCUGUUGCCCAUCUGGCUGCAGCAACUGUGCCAAGGGCUGCAUCUGCAAAGAGCCGCUGUCUAGUAAAUGCAGCUGUUGCAACUAAAAAUGCACUGUUCUGUUCUUUGUAAAU